ACUCUAACGCGCGACCGUUUUAGACCAACCGUUUCCAACCGCUUUCGUUGAGCGUUUUAUUAAUUAACUGCUUUGGAAAUUUGUGUUUUUCAGUGUUUUUAUUAUUUUAACGAACAAUAAGCGACGUAAUCACGGCGAGUUAAGAUCGCGUGAUGACUAGCUAAGCUGUAUCAGCUCACAUCGAAGUGCAAAAUUUGAAAUGUAGCCUGUGAGGAAGCGAAUGGGCAGGUGAACGAAUACGUUCUUUGUGUUCAAACGUCUUUUAUGCAGGUCAAGCCAUUUCGAAAUUCAUCGGGAUGAGCGCGACACCCGAUAAAGACGAGCGUAGAAAACGCUCGCUGGAAGCCGGCAGAGAAAUGUUGGAGAAAUACAAAGCAAAGCGAUCUAGUAAAAACAUAGGUACAAAUAUGCAAUGCGUGGAACAGUCUGACGACGAAUCAUUACACAACGAAAAAUCUACAUUGGUUAAAGAAUCUGGCAUAAAUGAAGAUAUAUCCUCGAGAGAUAUAACACACAGCAGUGUAAGUAUAAGCGAAGGAGAUGGUGAUCUAGAAGGAUUAGCAGGACGUGUUGCAGAACUGGAAGAAUUAUUACAAGGGAAAGAAGCUAUAGUUGGAGCUUUAAAUGCAAGUAUCUCAUCGGAGAUCGGAGGAUAA